AUGGCCAUAAUAGGUGCAGGCACUCUAGGUAGCCAUUUUGCCUGCGUUUUCAUCGCAGCGGGCUACGAUAUGAACCUGAGCGAUCAAUCUGAAGAAGCUCUAUCCAGUGUUCUCGGCAAUAGCAACAACCAUAUUACUAAGUAUCCAUCCGCGGAUUGUACCCCUCGCAUCAAAUUCAUCUUCUUUCCACCUGAGUCUAAUGUCGAGAAAAUCACUUCUCCGCGUCGUCGGCUGGUGUGUAAUAUGCAUCUCUAUUUGCCACCGGAGAUGCGUCCCAUUGAGUUGAUGUUGAUGACAGCCGGAGAGACGUACCCGGAGGUUUUCCCAUUUCCUUACCUAGGCCCUGAGAGACGGUGGGAUGCUUCCUGUUACUGCUGGCAAGGAGUCAACUGGGUAAGCUCCCUUAUUCCUCCAUUCUGGCGACGUCCCAGUAACACUCAACUACCUAGCUUUGUAUUCAACUGCCUCUGUGUCGCCGUCAAACGAGAAACACUCGCCGUCUUCGCCGAAGACAUAUCCUCCCCAACCGAAAUCGACAGACUCUGGAAAGAAAUGUGGUCAACGCGCCGCGGUCCCUGCGCACUAAUAGACAAAAUAGGUCUGGACACCAUAGCCUUCAUCGACGACAACUACAUCCAUGAACGAUACAUCAACUCAGCUGUGACCCUCGACUAG